UUGCUUCGAUCUCCAAGCGUGUGAUCAAUCUCACCUAAGCAAAGCUGCACAGGCACGUACACACUCCAUCCAAAAGUCAAAACAUUUGGCGCCAAAUCCAGCCGCGGGCCUUUCAACAGCAGUUAGGCAGCCACCUUCUCCCGCCCUCUGCUCGUCUCCAUCUCCACUGGCUCCAGGCUCCAGCUACUCCUUCUCCUCUCCAAUCGAUCUCCCAAGCUCGCCGAUCCGCUUCCCCAUAAAACCAGGGCUGGCAUUGUAGCAGCCGUAGCUAUCAGAUGUCCUCCACGUCCACCUCACGGCCACCACUCUGUCGGCCCUAAUGGCCAAGUUGCCCAUCAUCGUCAUCGUCGUCAUCUUCCAUGUCGGCCUGAUCGUCCUGCUGCCCAUCGCUGUCGCCGCCAUGGCACCAGUAGCAGGACCAGUGCCCGACGAAGACCUGUCCGCGCUCCUCGCUUUCUGCUCCUCCGUCUCCUCGGACCCCGGCGGCGCCCUCGCCGACUGGGGCCGCUCUCCGGCGUUCUGCAACUGGACCGGCGUCGCGUGUAACAGCAGUAGCAGCACGCGGCGGGUCACGCAGCUGGUGCUCAGCGGCCGGGGGAUCCGCGGCGUGAUAUCGCCGGCGCUGGGGAAGAUGGCUUUCCUCACCGUUCUGGACCUGUCGAGCAACGGCUUCGCUGGCGAGAUCCCAUCGGAGCUGUCCGCGCUGUCGAGGCUGACGCAGCUGAGCCUGACGAACAACCUCCUAUCCGGCGCGAUCCCCGCCGGCAUUGGGCUCCUGCCGGAGCUCUACUACCUCGACCUUUCCGGCAACCGCCUGACGGGCGGCAUCCCGGAGACGCUCUUCUGCAACUGCUCCGCUUUACAGUACAUGGACCUCUCCAACAACUCCCUCGCCGGCGACAUCCCCUACGCCGACGAGUGCCGCCUCCCGAGCCUCCGAUUCCUCCUCCUCUGGUCCAACUCCCUCUCCGGCCCGAUCCCGCGGGCGAUUUCAAACUCCGCCGCGCUCGAGUGGGUCGACCUCGAGUCCAACUACCUCGCCGGGGAGCUACCUCACAACGUGUUCGACAGAUUGCCGCGGCUCCAGUUCCUCUACCUCUCCUACAACAACUUCUCCAGCAGCCACGGCAACACCAACCUCGACCCCUUCUUCCAAUCCCUCAGCAACUGCACUCGCCUGCAAGAGCUCGAGCUCGCCGGGAACGGCCUCGGGGGGCCGCUCCCGCCUUCCAUCGGCGAGCUCUCGCGCGGGCUCCGGCAGCUGCACCUCGAGGACAACGCCAUCUCGGGCUCCAUCCCGCCCAACAUCUCCGGCCUCGUCAACCUCACCUACCUCAACCUCUCCAACAACCACCUCAACGGCUCCAUCCCGCCGGAGAUUUCGCGGCUCCGGCUGCUCGAGCGACUGUACCUCUCCAACAACUUCUUGUCCGGCGAGAUCCCGAGGUCCAUCGGCGAGCUCCCGCGCCUCGGCCUCGUGGACCUCUCGGGCAACAUCCUCGCCGGCGCCAUCCCGGACACGUUCUCCAACCUCACGCAGCUCAGGCGCCUGAUGCUACACCACAACCGCCUCACCGGCGCCAUUCCUCCUAGCCUCGGCGACUGCCAGAACCUCGAGAUCCUCGACCUCUCCUACAAUGGCCUCCGGGGCGAGAUACCCGCGCAUGUGGUGGCCGGCUUGAGCAGCCUUAAAAUCUACCUUAACCUCUCCAGCAACCACCUGCAGGGCGCGCUCCCCAUCGAGCUGAGCAAGAUGGACAUGGUCCUGGCGCUGGACCUGUCAAGCAAUGAGAUCGCUGGGGGCAUCCCUUCGCAGCUCGGGGCCUGCGUCGCGCUCGAGUAUCUCAACCUCUCCCGCAACGCGCUGCGGGGCGCGCUCCCCUCGUCCGUGGCCGCGCUCCCGUUCCUGCGGGCCAUCGACGUGUCCCGGAACGAGCUCUCGGGCGCCCUCCCGGAGCCGGCCCUGCGCGCGUCCACCUCGCUCCGGGACGCGGACUUCUCGUACAACGACUUCUCUGGCGUGGUUCCCGUCCUCCCGAACCUGCCGGGCGCCGAGUUCCGUGGCAACCCCGGCCUCUGCGUCAUUGCGGCGUGCGGAGGCGGGAGUCGGCGUCGGCACCGGCGCGCGGUGGUGCCGGCCGUGGUCAGCAUCGUGGGGGCGGUGUGCGCCAUGCUGUGCGCGGCGGCCGGUUGCCGGUGGGUGGCCGCGGUGAGAGCGAGGCGGCGCGAGUCCACGUGGCGCGUGGACGUGGAGGGCCAGGGGGAGAGGGAGCACCACCACCCGAGGAUAUCGUACCGGGAGCUGAGCGAGGCGACGGGCGGGUUCGAGGAGACGAGCCUGAUCGGGGCCGGGCGGUUCGGGCGCGUGUACGAGGGCACGCUCCGGGGCGGGGCGCGCGUGGCCGUGAAGGUGCUGGACCCCAAGCUGGGCGGCGGCGGCGGCGAGGUGUCCGUGAGCUUCAGGCGCGAGUGCGAGGCGCUGCGGCGGACGCGGCACAAGAACCUCAUCAGGGUCAUCACCACCUGCAGCACGCCCAGCUUCCACGCGCUCGUGCUCCCGCUCAUGCCGCGCGGAAGCCUCGAGGACCACCUCUACCCGCGGGAUCGCGAGCGCCACGGCGGACCAGAAGGGCUCGACUUCCGGCAGCUCGUGAGCGUGGCCAGCGACGUCGCCGAGGGGAUGGCGUACCUGCACCACUACUCGCCGGUCAGGGUCGUGCACUGCGACCUCAAGCCCAGCAACGUGCUCCUCGACGACGGGAUGCGCGCCGUGAUCUCGGACUUCGGCAUCGCCAGGCUCGUCGCCGGCGCUGGCGCUGGAGAAACCACCAGCAGCACCACCAGCGACGAGUCCGCUCCGUGCAAUAACUCCAUCGCCACCGGACUGCUACAAGGCUCCGUUGGCUACAUCGCUCCUGAGUAUGGAUUGGGAGGGAACCCUUCGGCGAGGGGCGACGUGUACAGCUUCGGCGUGAUGCUGCUGCAGCUGAUCACCGGGAAGCGGCCGACGGACGUGAUCUUCGACGAGGGGCUCACGCUGCACGACUGGGUCAGGCGCCACCACCCGCACGACAUCGCCGCCGCCCUUGCGCACGCGCCCUGGGCGCGGCGGGACGCUGCUGCCGCUAACGGCAUGGUGGCCGUCGAGCUGAUCGAGCUGGGGCUCGCGUGCACGCACUACUCGCCGGCGCUGCGGCCCACCAUGGAGGACGUCUGCCACGAGAUCACGCUGCUCAGGGAGGACCUCGCCAAGCACGGCGGCGCCCACGAUAACGAAGAUGACAGCGGCGGCGGCCGGUCGUUCUCCACGACCAAGGACUCGCUGUUCUCCAACUCCAGUUAAUUAAUCUAGUACCAAUCACCGCACAAUCCAUCUACCGGGGAAAAGCAUAUUUGGCUGCUGUUUCGAACUUUCGAUCAAUCCAGUGACUGUUUAACUAAUCCCUGGUGGCGCGGGCGCAUGCAUUUUAGGUGAUAUCUCUGAAUCUCUCCCUUUCUCUGGCGGUAAGAACUUCAUAGUUUAUUGGAUGGGUUGGGGAUUGCCUACUACUACUGGCGAGUAGUGCUAAUUCUUUGAGUUGUUAAAUCUUCAAUGGAGGUGUACGUGACACUUGAUUAAUCCUCCGUGUUGCAAACAUGUCAGACUCCAUUAAUUACUUAGCCGGCCAUGGAUGAUCAUGUCCGGAAGAGAAAAUGAUCUUGAGUUAGGUCAUUAUUCAGGUGCUCCCCAUGAUACAGGCAAUGUAGUUUAACGUUUUUUGUAGAUUCGACAAGAACUUGCACACUCUUUGUCAGAUUAUUUAGGCUUUAACAUCAGCACGCUUGCUAGCUUUAGUUAGUCAGAUUCAGGGUAUGUAGCAGAAAGCGAUCGACCAUUACCUCAAACAUUUUACUAUCGUUUGUGGGGUUUUGACCUGAAUAUAUAAUAGAGGUCUUCAGGCCGAUAUUAGCAUGAGAUGUGUACAAGUCUAUCAAAAGGUGUCAAGGUAUAUGAGCUUAAUUAUGUGA